CGGAGCGGGGCGACAGCGAGGAAAAGUCACUUUCUGCCAUGUCGGCAUUAGCUUUGGAGGAGCUUUCUGCCAUUGCUGCUAUUUACUGUGGGAACGACGAAUGCGAAGUGCUUGAAGUGUCAGAAACAAAGGGAAUCUCCUUCAGGAUUCAGACCAGUGUGAAAGGACCUUUGGGUACAGAAAUAUUGUUAAAGUUGUUGUUUCACUUGCCACUCAGUUACCCAUCAAGCUUGCCGAAUAUCUCUCUUAAUUCUGAACAACUUUCAAGGAGACAGUGCAUGGCUGUGAGAGCAAGAUUACUUGAAGAAGCAGCAAGGCAUUUGUCACAGCCCAUGGUUCAUGAGCUGAUCCUCUGGAUAAAGCAGAAUUUUAAGGCUGUUGUUGAAGAAGCUGAAAUUCCAGCCUGCCAUGGGAAAAGUACUCUAUCAGUGAAAACACCUGAGGAUGAUGAUAUCUGGACUGUCCUUUUGCAUUUAGACCAUAUGAGAGCAAAAGGAAAAUAUAUCAAAAUGGUUGAAAAAUGGUGUAGAGAUCUUAACCUGGCAGGAAGACUGAUGUUUAUGGGCAAGAUGAUUCUGAUACUUCUUCAAGGAGACAAACGGGGUAUUAAGGAGUACCUUAUUCUCCAAAAAACGAGCAAGGUGGAUGUGGAUUCAAGCGGAAAGAAGUGUAAAGAGAAAAUGAUUAGCGUGCUCUUUGAAACAAAAGUACAGGCUGAACACAGAAGGUUUCAGGCAUUUGAAGUCAAAGAAUAUUCAACGUUGGAUGAGCUACAACAGGAAUUUGAGGCUGCAGGACUUGCCAAACUGUUCAAUGAGUUUGUGUCAGCUCAGUUAAAGUAAUUUUGAAGCAAGCACAAAUGGCUGUGACUAAGGCUGUCACUGAAUGUAUCAAGUGGAAGAGGAAGAUAACACCGAAGGUUUGGUGAUGAGCAGCUCCUAGAGGUUUUCCGAAGCAAAGUGUCACAAAAAAAGCCAUCUCCUUGCACAAAAGAAAGGGCACUUCUCACACUAGAACAGAUGUUAUUUGACUGUGUGCCCUGACAGCAUUUGCUAGUUACUGUUGAGGGUUUCAGCAGUUGAUACUUAAGAACUGUAGGUCAGAUGUGAAAGAAUUGCUGUUCUGCAGUAAAAUUACACACACACACACACGUGUGUGUGUGUGUGUAAAUCUGAUUUCAGUGUGAUAUUUUUUCUGACUGUGCUGUAAAGGUACUCAAGAUUUCUU